AUGGCGUUUUCCCUGAAGGUUUUUCUGGGCGGCCGUGUCUGCGCAGCUGUCGCUCGCUGUGGGUUUGCUACCCGGGGGGUGACCAUCCUGGGCUCUAUCAGCCGAGAACCGGAUCCCGAUUUUGACUGGGAACCGGAGGAGCGAGAACUGCAGGAGGUGGAGAGCGCCCUGAAGCGACAGAAAAAAGCCAUUCGGUUCCAGAAAAUUCGGAGGCAAAUGGAGGCGUCAGGUGCCCCGCCCAGGACCCUGACGUGGGAAGCCAUGGAGCAGAUCCGGUAUUUACACAGGGAAUUUGCAGAGUCUUGGUCAGUUCCCAGACUGGCUGAAGGCUUUGAUGUCAGCAUCGAUGUGAUCCGAAGGGUUUUAAAAAGCAAGUUCGUACCCACAUUGGAACAGAAACUAAAGCAGGAUCAGAAAGUCCUUAAGAAAAUCGGACUUGCCCAUUCGCUCCCGGAGCUCCCAGGCCCUGGAGAUUCCUCCAAACCGCUUUCUGCAGGCCCGUCUGUAUCAGGUUCUUUUCUGAUGCCUGGGGAUGAAGCCUCAUCCAAAGGCGAUGGUCACAGCACAGCUUUGAAAGCGAUUGAAUUGAACACUCAGAGUACAGAUAUACCAACGAGACAGACGGAAAGGAAUAAAGGAGUCCAGGAGGAGGGGAAGAACUCUGUGCCUGUUGCUGCAGGUCACCCUACCGGCACUUGUAGGGGCGCCAGAGGAAUUGACAGUGAUGGAUUACCCAGUGACAAGAAGCUGCAAGAGCUGAAGGCAGGGGAGGCAGGUGACCAGAUCUUCAGCAACAGAGUCAUGCAGAGGGGACGAGAGUUCUUUGACAGUAAUGGGAACUUCCUGUACAGAAUCUGA